AUGAUCUAAUAACUCAGAGAGCACUCUUCCCACCAUAUUCUCUCUCUCUCUCUCUCUCUCUCUCUCAAUAUUUUUUACUACAAUAAUUUUUUAUUCAAUUCAAUGGCUUCGCAUUCUCUUGUGUUAUCAUUCAUUUGUUUCUACUUGGUGUGCAACAUACUUACUUUGUUAAUGUUGUUUCAUGCAGUGCCAAUUGUGACGGCAGCGAGAAGCUCUCACGUACUAGUCCGCAGCAGUCUGAUGACCUCGUCACCAACCCCUGCGACCGAUAGCAGCAGUUCCAAGCCCCACCACAAGUGGGUUGGACCCAGCGGCCACCGCCUGAUCAUGGUCGACGUGAACGGCUCCGGGGACUUCCAGUCUGUCCAGUCCGCCGUCAAUGCAGUCCCGGUGAACAACACGGUCAAUAUUGUCAUCCUAAUCAAGCCCGGAUGUUACAUAGAGAAAGUGGUAGUGCCGGCGACGAAGCCGUACAUCACGUUUCAAGGAGCCGGGAAAGAUGCGACGGUGAUCGAAUGGCAUGACCGUGCCAGUGACCCUGGACCCAACGGCCAGCAGCUCAGAACUUACCGAACGGCUUCUGUUACUGUUUUUGCUAACUAUUUCUCUGCCAGAAAUAUUAGCUUCAAGAAUACUGCACCAGCACCGAUGCCGGGGAUGCAAGGAUGGCAAGCGGUGGCAUUUCGGAUAUCCGGCGACAAGGCGUACUUCUCAGGCUGUGGCUUCUAUGGUGCCCAAGACACACUCUGUGACGACGUAGGACGCCAUUACUUCAAGGAGUGUUACAUUGAGGGUUCCAUAGACUUCAUUUUUGGGAAUGGUCGGUCCAUGUACAAAGACUGUGAGCUGCACUCGAUAGCAACCAAGUUCGGGUCCAUUGCAGCCCACUACAGGAACUCGCCGGAUGAUAAGUCAGGGUUCGCUUUCCUGAACUGCCGGGUUACCGGUACGGGUCCGUUGUACGUGGGUCGGGCCAUGGGGAAGUACUCCCGGAUCGUAUACUCCUACACCUACUUUGAUGACGUGGUUGCACACGGUGCCUGGGAUGACUGGAACAACACAAUCACAAGUACUGCUACAAAUGGGAGUGUGUAUCUGGGAGUGUACAAGUGCUGGGGGCCAGGAGCAGAAGCCCUGCGAGGGGUGCCAUGUGCCCCGGAGCUUGAGUACGACUUGGCUCAUCCAUUCCUCGCAAAGAGCUUCGUCAAUGGCAGGCACUGGAUCGCACCCGAUGAUGCCUAAGCUUUUACUUUUGCUUUCUAUAUCUUCUGCCAUUCUUUAAUUUAUUCAUUCAUUCAUUCAAUUCUUGUAAUAAUAUUGUUUGCACUCCACGUCUCCAAGGCUUUUGUAUUAAGAUUUCUUGGAUGUAUUUAAUUCAAUUGUAUUUAUUCAUUUCAUCUAUCUAAGUCUCUCAGCCCUUUCUUAUUUGGAAAA